GGUGGCUUCCCUUUAGUCUGGGAUCUUUAUUUGGUUGCUAUAUCGCUGUCCGGGUCACAAAGACGGUACCCUACGUCAAAUGCUGUUUGGCUGUUAGCACUGCUGGGGAAACGUCCAUGAGCGGCCUGUGGUGGUCUUAAGGUCUUGCUCUGUGCUUGAACUUCCAAACAGCUACCAAGUCAUGGGAAGUUUCUUCUCUAUUCCAAGUAGAGACAAGCGCCGCCGCUCAAACCGGCUCUCGAAACCGCCUGCUAACAACCAACCCGCUUCGCUCUCGGCCAAUUCGCCUCGACAACCUUCCAAUCCUUGCUCUCCGGUAGCAUCCACUUGGCAAAAUCCGUGGACUGGAGCUUCUAUCCCGGUUGCCUCCUCUGAUUCAGAACCCAAUGGGCGAAGGUCGCACUCGUUUGCUUCUGUCUCGUUGCAGUCCGAUCCGCCUUGGAUAGCUGCCAGCAAGACAAAACGGAGCAACUCCACUGCCAAAGAGUCAAGCGAUAUUCGCAUCCACUCGCCAACGUCCAGUCUCGGUACCUCUGGCACCCUAUCGCGGCGAGCUUCGUUUCAACCCUCUCGGCAACCCACCUUCCAACCGGCAUUCGUGCCGAAUGAGCUUCAUUCACCGUGGCCUUCACCAGGCAAACCCAGAAGAUCCUACUCGGUGCAAUCGCCGCCGCGCAGAGCGAACAGUACGGUGAACGCAAGCAGUAUCGAAGAAGCAACUUCUUCCAAUACCCACUUCCUCGUUGACAGCCAGGGAUUUUCUCUGAUCCGCCGGCGCUCCCUCUUAACGCGGCCCGGAAUUGCUACGAGACGAUCAACGAAAGAUGCUGCUCGGCGAUGCCCUUCCCCAAUCAAGCAAGAACCGGCGGUCAUGUCUACUACCGUGAAUGAAGUCUCUCACCCGUUGCAGUGGCAUCCGUCAAGACGACAGGAUACUGACUGGAGACAUCCGCUUUCACUUUCCCAGCUACGUCCCCCAACGCCAAAUGACUUUGAGUAUACACAUCUGGGGGCUCUCAAGCUAGGGUCACUGCGCGUAGUGAAUGGCUCCACAUCUCCGUGCCCCAGCGACCGAUCUCGGCGUAAUAGGCCUCGCAGUCAGACUCCAGACGUCUGUCCCGACAAUACGUUUCAUGUGGGGCCAAGCAAUGCUCCAGGGGGGCAGCGUCACUGCGCAAAACCAGCCGGAUUUGUUUCAAACAGUGCGGACGCUCCAAGAGACUGCCACAAUGAUAUAGUUUGUGGUGCCAAUAAUUCUGGGUCUGUUAGCAGUCAUCACAGUGACGGGGGCUUACAGACAGGUGAUAGACCGCCGUUCGGUCUUCAGUGUUUGACAAAUCGAAGCGAGAGUAUUCCAUCGAAUCUCGUGGUACUUGCUCACUCACUGUCUCACGAUGGGGGAUUCGACGAGCCACCAGUAAGCCGCCUUUCAUAUGAAGAACCGCCAACAAGCGCAUCCCCUGCGUUCGGUGAAAAAGAGCAUGGAGACGGAUGGGGCUUUGCAUCCGAUAAUCAAAAAAACUUGACUGCUCGCUUUGAUAAAGCCGUCGAUGGGGAAGUCUUGCGGUCCAGGCAGUCAGUGGCACACAAGAAAGUCGACAGCGGCUACAGUUCCGCGGCAUCAAUUCGGUCUCUUCAGGCCAGUCGCGCCGGAUCAUCGUUAGACUCUCAGACGUUCAUACAACGACAGGCACUCAAAUAUCGCAGGUUUACUCUUGGAGGGAACGCCAGAGACGCCACUGGACGAGAUGCAGAGGAAUCUUUUAGCUUCGGAAACCAGUGUCCUGCGCGCCUCCGUCCGGGGCUUCAAGACCCCGAGAUGAAAUAUAGACCUGGGACGAGAGGCUGGUCGACCUCCAUGUGCCACGAAUCGCCGCUGAAACCAUUGAAUGGGCGAGUACGGAGCCUAUCCUACACUGGCCCACGAUCCUCAACCCGUGUGGAAUCUCUUCCCCGAUACUGCACACAUCUACGCAGUCAAGAAUCUGCUUCCACUGGAAUGACGGCUGCGCUCAAAAGUCAAAAUGCUACAAAAUUGGACAUAUCAGUGGCAGCGCUGUGCCGAGCGCCUCUGGGCGGCACCUUAGGGUAUGGUUUAGAUCACGGUCGGGGAAGAAACUCAUCUACGGGGCCUGAGACUCCCAACAAAAUCAUCGCUGGUUUCGAAUCUCCAUCACGACACCCCGCUGUGGCUAGAACCGGCAGAGCAGCGUCUGAGGACCAGGGUGUCGAACACCCGCGGUUCUACGACCAGGCUAGCAAACUUCGGUGCACGGAUUCAGCGCCUGGAACGAACCCUGCGAUAAUAACUCAAAGCACUUCGCAAUCAGCUAGGGUCGAAUGUCACGUUGACACUCCUCGGGGUAGGCCAAGGUGUCGGAGUAUUGAAUAUCAACGUCGCAGGUUGUCCAAGCAGCGAAAAGGUCCAAACACGUACUAUGCCACCGCUUCUCCGUUUGCCUCUCGCGGAUAAGCUAUGAGAUAUAUAGUAGCUGGUAUGCGCAUUUCUUGCCUGGCUUUGUCACUCUUUCCCUUCUUUUCUUUUCUGCUGUCUAUGUAUGAUUCCUCUUUCUCUCGUUAUCCCAUACAUCCUGGCGUUCGGAUAUCGCGCAAGUUAUUGAGACCGGGUGUUUGGUGCCACUGUGGAUAUACCCUUUUCGAUGACUCGAUGGUUUCCAUCUUCUAUCGUUAAAUAUGCUAUACAUUUUCCUUUGUAAGGUAUAUAUAUAUAUUUCUCCUUAAAAAAAAGUUCAAAGACUCAAAACAAAUCAUGUCGAUGCUUUACAUUAUAAUCGAUUUAGAAGAAAUGGGAUUAGUUCAC